AUGACUAACAUGUCCACCUUCAGUAGUGUCAAGAAAGUUCUCCUGAACGAACCUGUUAGAUCACGAUCAGUGUCAGAUGAAGACAGCAGUGUUAUUGAAUCUGGCAUUGACCAAAAUGAACCAACAACUUGGUGGGGGAAGUUGAUGAAGAAGCUAGAGGUGCAGCCAAAGGGGGAUCUAACUACGGCGCAAAUGUUUUUGUACAACCAUGACUUGAGGCCAGUGGAGGAAGCAAGAAGACAAUGGAGUUGGUACAAUUAUGUGUUUUUCUGGAUUGCCGACUCGUUCAAUAUCAAUACUUGGCAAAUUGCCUCCACCGGAAUGUAAUCGCCCUCAAAUAUGAAUUGGUGGAUGACAUGGUUAUCAGUAUGGCUCGGGUACUUCCUUUGCGGUAUAUUUGUGUCAAUCGGUGCACGAGUUGGUAUUCAGUAUCACAUAUCGUUCCCAGUGGCAGUCAGGUCCUCGUUUGGAAUCUAUGGCUCCCUUUGGCCAGUCAUAAAUCGUGUUUUCAUGUCUUGUGUGUGGUUUGCUGUACAAACUGCUGUCGCGGGCCCAACUUUCCUGUUAAUGUUGCACUCCAUCUUUGGUAAGAACUUGCCUGACAAAAUUCCUGACCAUAUUAGCGACCCCGACUUGACCACGUAUCAGUUUCUUGGAAUUUUUUUAUUUUGGUUGUUUCAAUUGCCAUUUAUUUGGUUCCCACCACAUAAGAUUAGACACUUGUUCACAGUGAAAGCUUAUGUUGCACCUGUGGCAGGAUUUGGAUUUUUGAUUUGGACUUUGAUUAAAACACAUGGGUUAGGUGAAGUAAUGAACAAGCCCAAUGGGUUACACGGAUCUGACCUCGCAUGGGCUUUUGUCGAGUCGACUAUGAAUGCAUUGGCUAAUUUUGCCACAUUGAUUGUGAAUUCUCCUGAUUUCUCCAGAUUUGCCAAUAAACCAUCCUUUGGAAUGAAAUACCUUGUUUACACAAUUUCAAUUCCAGUGUGUUUCUCGAUCACGUCUUUGAUUGGUAUAUUGGUUACAUCAGGGGCACAAAAUUUAUAUGGAGAGACAUAUUGGUCACCAUUGGAUGUGUUGGCAAGGUUUUUGGAUAAUUACACUUCUGGAAACAGAGCUGGCGUGUUUUUCAUAUCUGCGGCAUUUGCGUUGGCACAAUUAGGUACCAAUAUUUCGGCAAACUCGUUAUCGUUUGGUACUGAUUGCUCUGCAAUACUUCCCAGAUUUAUCAAUAUUCGAAGGGGUGGUUACAUUUGUGCAUUCCUUGCAUUAGCCAUCAACCCGUGGAAAUUGAUAUCCUCCUCGUCCAAAUUCACCACUUACCUUUCUGCGUACUCGGUUUUCUUGUCAUCAAUUGCUGGUGUUGUUGCUUGUGAUUACUAUUAUGUCCGUCGGGGAUACCUCAAAUUAACCCAUUUGUACUCACCAACUGCUCCUGAAGAUAAAUCAGUCAAGUCAAUGUAUGCUUACAACAAGAUUGGUUGCAACUGGCGUGCAUAUGCUGCUUAUAUUUGUGGGAUCUUGCCAAACAUUGUUGGUUUUGUUGGUGCUACAGAAACGCACAAAGUGCCCAUUGGUGCAACAGAAGUUUACAGACUCAACUUUUUCAUGGGUUUCUGUUCUGCUUGGAUUGUGUACUCGGUGCUCAAUUAUAUCUGGCCCGUGGAAACUGGUAUUCCACCAACAAAGCCUUUUGAAAAAGGGUGGUAUGAAGAAUGGCAAGAUGUAGAAUCAUUUGAGGAGGAAAUGGUGGGUCGCGAAGUACAUCAUGGAAUUGAAAGGUUUGAGGAUGGUGAUAUGAGCUUAACUCAAAAGGGUAAAGAAGUGUAA